AUGCCAAACGACCUACCCACUAGCAUGCUCUAUGAGCACCCGCUCCCGCUGGCCUCCCUUGCGCUAGGCCAGCUCGUUCGCGAUCCGAAGCGUCCAAGCUUGAGCUACUACAACCCGUCGCUCUAUCCGGGUGGCGAGCGCAUCCAGGCCAUCAUCGCCCCCCCGCACGGCGACCCCGAGUACGACGACCCGGUACGCCGGUACAUGCCCGAGUACCAGGAGCGGCAGUGGCUGCAGGACCCGCCCGAGCGGCGGGAGCAGCGAGUGAACAUCUUGCAGAGCGCGGCGGGCGAGGUGCAGCUCGUAGACUGGGACAAGAGGUUCGAGUCCGCGCGACACGGCGGCAGCAGCAGCACGCGGCUCGAGGCGAGCCUGCGCCGCCUGUUGUCGUUCAGAGGAGGAGGAGGGGCAUCGUCGACAACGGCAGCGGCCGACGACGACCCUGCGCGCUACUGCGGCCUGAGCCGCCUCAAGGACCCGGACGGCUUCUUCGAGGCCGCCUGCGCCGCCGACCUCGGGGUGCGCGCCUGGCUCGAGGCCCAGCUGUCCCCUUCCCCGUGGCUCGGCGGCGACGGUAUGGAGGAGGGCCACCACCACCACCACCACCACAACAACGACGGCGACCUCGCAGUCUACCUCGUGUGCGGCUUCGAGCUGAUCUUCGACGGCGGCCCUAUCAACGUCUACGCCGUCGCGUAUCGCCGCGUCCGGUGCGACCAGUGGAGGAGGGCCUGCAGCAGGCCAUGCCGGCCGGCGAGAAGUACGAGGAGUAGCUCAAGCCCUAAUCAAAGCACCAGAACGAGCUACUUCCUCGUCGUGCACCACCAUGAUACGGCGAGGAGGAGAGCGUGGAUAUAA